UGUUAUGGCUGGAGGUCUGUUUGCUGUUGACCGAGAGUGGUUUUGGGAGCUGGGUGGCUAUGAUCCAGGCUUAGAAAUAUGGGGAGGAGAGCAGUAUGAAAUCUCCUUUAAGGUUUGGAUGUGUGGAGGUGGCAUGUUUGAUGUUCCGUGUUCUAGAGUUGGACACAUUUACAGAAAGUAUGUCCCUUAUAAAGUUCCAUCUGGAACCAGCCUGGCACGAAACCUGAAGCGUGUGGCGGAGACAUGGAUGGAUGAGUUUGCAGAGUAUGUUUACCAGCGGCGGCCCGAGUACAGGCAUCUCUCAACAGGAGAUAUCUCAGCCCAAAAGGAACUACGAAAGCACCUUAAGUGCAAGGACUUCAAAUGGUUCAUGGCUGCAGUGGCAUGGGAUGUCCCUAAAUAUUAUCCUCCUGUGGAGCCCCCACCUGCUGCCUGGGGGGAGAUUCGAAAUGUGGCAGCCAAUCUCUGUGUGGACAGUAAACAUGGGGCCACAGGGACAGAGCUGAGGCUAGAUGUUUGUGUGAAGGACGGCUCAGAACGGACGUGGUCACAUGAACAGCUCUUUACCUUUGGUUGGAGAGAAGACAUCCGCCCCGGGGAACCUCUUCACACCAGAAAAUUCUGCUUCGAUGCUAUUUCGCACAGUAGCCCUGUCACACUGUAUGACUGUCAUGGCAUGAAGGGUAACCAGCACUGGAGCUAUAGGAAGGACAAAACUAUGUUCCAUCCGGUAAGCAACAGCUGUAUAGAUUGCAACCCAGCUGAGAAGAAGAUUUUCAUGAACAGAUGUGAUCCUUUAUCUGAAACUCAGCAGUGGAUUUUUGAACAUAUUAAUAUGACUGUUUUAGAAAAAUUUAAUGGCAAGGCCAGUUCCUAGGGAAAAAUACAGAUUACAUACAGAUUGCAAACUACAUUUUGGCCAGCAUCUGGG